GCGGCGCGCCCGGCCGGAACUGUCGUGUCUCCGCUUCCGCAGGCACCACUUGGCCGCCCUUUUGCAGACGAAAAUCUCACCGCUGUCUUGUCUUUUUCAAUGUUUUCCGUUUUUCACGCGCUUCUCUUUCUCACUUCACUCGGAACGAACUGCAGGUAAACGGCUGUUCGACCUCCUGGAGGGAGAAAAGCGAGGAACGGUUGUUUGUGCCGCAUGCACUCUUUGACCAUCUGAGAUGUCAUCAUUUUUCGACUGCAACCAUGUUGACUCGACGGCGACUCCUCCCCGUCUCGGGAUUGUCUCCACGCCUGUGCGUUCCUCGAACUCUCCCUUCUUCCGUCUUCUCCAGCUUCCAGUCUUCGAUUUCUCCUGGGCCAGUCAACACCCUGUGGACCGACCGCACUCGCGGCUUUCCCUUGAGCAUCCUGUCUCUCAGACGCUUGCGCGCGAGCUCACAGUCUUCCGCCUUCGCGCGCCAAGACACUUCCUGGGUCUCAAACGUACAUUGUCUCGCUGCAAAAGGACGGGGACGCGCAUCGCUCCAGGUGGGGUACGUACACCCCAGCGGAGCUGGCGGCGGUCUCGCGGUGAGAGGCUUCGGAAGCGGAAGGAGACUCUCCUGCAUCGAGGAACUGGAGAGAAGACUGGAGACGGGAGGAGGCGCAGGCGGCGGCGCAGGUGGAUUCAACGCGAACUUUCAGGGUGAAGUCCUCACAGCGACAGCUGAUGUUUUUCUUGUUCGGGGGCUUGGCGCAGCGUCGGUCGGUAGUCUCGUUCGCUUCGAAAGCCAGCCGCCGCCACCGUCAACUGGCUCUGAUCCCCAGGUGGCGAGGCCCUCGAGUGCGUCGCAUGCGGCAGCCGCAUUCAACGUCGGAGUCGUUCUUCAGCUUCUCGAUUCAGACCUGACGAUUGUCGGCUUUCUCGGCUGCUGCGGCGACACAACUCCGGCGCAACGCCUCCCUGUUUCCUCCCCGCCUCCACUCGUGGGCGAUGUCUGCACGCUCGUUGAGGGUGGCGACGACCGCAUCGAGGCUCCCUCUGAAAAAAAGCGGCCUUCGAGUUUCUCUCCCAGUUUCAACGCCCCUCUUUCUCCACUCUCUCUGUUCUCUUGCCUCUCCUCUUCCACCGAGAAUCCUUUCAAGAAAACGCCUCGCUCUUCGAGUUUCAAUGUCUUUUCUCUUCCGCCUCGCGGCGACUUCUCCUCGCCAGGCGGUGAAGCCGCUGCCCUCCCCACCGGCUCGGCAGUGCUGGACAGCCUGUCUCCUUUCCGGUUGGGCUCUGCGACCGCACUCGUCGGGCCGGUUGGGACAGGCAAGUCUAUGGCGCUUCUGCCUCUCGUCGCCAGCCAUCUUGUCGCCUCUUCAGACUCUCGCAGCGCGCCGCGAUGGGAUACAUGCGCGCGAGGAUCAGGCGCGUCGUCUGGCGGAGUACCUCCACCCGAGAGACCUCCUCCGCCUUCAGUUGUUUUCCUCGCCUUGGGGACUUCGCCUGCUGCUCUCAGGCAGUGGCUAGACACUCUCAGAGCGGUCGCCAUCCCUUCGGCGACAGCAGCGGUCGUGUCUGCGGCGACAGCAGCUCCGGCGGGAUGGGUCGACGAGGAGGAAAGACGAAGGAAAUCGCGAGCGGCUGCCGACGGCGGAGCGUCUGAACCAGAAGAAGCUGCUGGCGACGAAGAAGCGACUUUCGCUUGCAGAAGCAACGCCGAGUUGGCCGCUUCUGUCCCGCCUGGAGUUCUCGUUCUCCACGUCCCCCCCGACGCGGGCCACACGUCCUGCUGUAUGUACACCGCGCCAAUGGUGGCUCUGAAGGCCGCCCUCGCGAGCGAAGCUGCCGGACAAAACGUCCUGCUGGUGAUCGAUGGAGUCGACGCGCAUGCAGCCGCUGCUGCGCAACUGAAACAGACUUUGGGCCGGCUGCUCGCGUCUCCGUCGACGCGCACCGUUCUCCCGGCUUCCGGAUCCCCAGGCGCGAGCGCCACGCGCGGCUGGAGUGUACAUACACCUGGAGGCGGCCUGUCGAUGGCUAGCCACCAGUCGGGCGUCGUGGACGGCAGCGACAGUGGGUCUCGCGUCCCCGUCUUGCCGUUUGCUUCCCUGGGGAGUUUUUACGGGCAGCUCGCGAGUCAGGCAGGCACCAGCGACGCGGAGGGCCGAACAGCCUCGCUUUCCCUCGUCUGCACCCUCGACACCCCGCCGGGUGUAUCGACACCUGGGAACUCGGCGGCGGCAGGCGUCGGCGCGGAUCUGACGAAGCAGGAGAAGCAGUGGAACCGCGUUGUCAGCUCCGCAAUUCAAGGCGACGCUUCUGUGGGAGACACGACUCUGCGGAAAGUCCUGGAGGCUGCGCAGGAGGCGCUUGUCUCCUCCGUCGACCGCGCCGUAGUGUUCCAAACCGACGUUCAGCUCGACAGGCAGAGCGCAGAUCAGCUGAACAAAGACCGUGUGUUUCAGUGGCGACAUAAGAGCUGUGGAGACAGCCGAAGCCACGGCGACGGCGAGGCUUCGUGGCGGCGCCCCGUACGGAGUUUAUCGCGGAAGACUGUGGGAGGCGUCGGAUCUGUGUAUCCGAUGCUCGACUUGGACUUUCUGCUCUCUUCGUCUCCCGCGCUGCUCUCUGCAGACGCUUGCGCGGCCCUCUCUGCCUCGUGUUUCUCCCCUGCUUUCCAAGCGACUCCGCCGCCGCCCGAGCUUCUUUUCGACGCCCUGAAAGAUCUCUGCCGCAGAUACGGGAAGGCCCUGCGACACACAGAGAAGUCGCCGGGUGUGCAAACAGCUGGCAGACGCGCAGCGCCAAUGCCUCCGCCUCUUCUUGCGGCUGCGGCAAGCGCCUUCGCCUGGCAACAGAAGGUGCUCGGGAGCCAGCGAGAGCGACAGGAGAUGAUGGCCGCACUCAACCUGUUCGUGGACAUCUGGGAAGAGGAAGACCUGACCAGUCUCCGCAUCGCCUCGGGUGUCUGUACAGCGCAGAUCGCGGGACGCGUCUUCAGCGCCACGGAGCAGGUGCUGCUCCUGCGUGCGGCGGCGACGCUGCUUUUCUCUGCGCCGGCCGAGGAGGAGCGGGUCGCAGAGCAGCGACCCCAGGCAGUGUCAGCGAGCUACAAAAUGCCAUGGUUUGUUGGUCAAGACAGAGGUCUCGUUUCUUUCCGCGACAUCUGCAGCUUUCAAGAAAGCCUUCUGAAGCUCUUCCGCGAGACGCACCCGACGGUGUGGAGGAGGCUCGAGGCGUCGCUCGCGCAGUCAGACGAGAAAGAGGUUGAGAUGCAUGCGCAGCUGGGGGAGAACUCGCAGGACAAGAAACUCGUCGUCGUGGAACGGGAAGGCGAAGAACUGGACAAACAAGUCACAGAACUCCUCCACGUGAUUGGAGAAAUCGACAGAGCCCUCCUUGCUCUGCGACACCAGCUGGCGCUCACCAGACCUCCAGCUGAAGAAUAACACCACGGUGAUCAGGGAAAAGCAAAGAAGAAAGAAGAGGGGGGAGACAGCCAGACGGGAGAGAAAGAGGACUGUGUCUCUACUUGCGCUCGUGAAAGAAUCAAACGUGAGAUCUCAGCUGUGAGCCGUUCGAGAGCGGCGGUGUGUACUCGCCGGGAACCUCUGAAAGGCGCAGCACUGUGUCGAAACAGUUUCGCGCCGAGGUGGAAGUUUGCACGCCCCUCUGGGGUGUAUUGACACUUGUGUCGCUGAGGCCGAUGUACACUUGACCCACACCGUGGUCUCACCUGUUGCGCAGAUGAGCUUUUGGAGUUCAUCACCUUUCGUUGUGUUUGAGAAGCGACGGUUUCCUGGUCUCGAGUUGUCCAGUUCCACAUCUAAGUGAAGGUCGAGACACCUCGUUCGGUGUCUAGGCCUCGUGUACAGCUUGUCAAUCUGUUUUUUCGUAACGAAACUCUCCUCAAAAAUUGAAGCAGACUCGCCAACUCCCCACAACCCGCGGGGCUGGCUGUCCACGUCCAGACGCAUGCAGCUCGCA